GGCGCCUGCUUGCCCUCCUCGCUCGCCUCGCCGCCCGGCCAGAGAGAGAGACGCGCGGAGCCGGCGCUGCCAACUCGCGGGCGAUGCUGCUCCUCCGCCCGCCACCGCGUCUUCCUCUUCCUCUUCUUCCUCCUCCUUUUCCUUUUCCUCCAUCCUCUUCCUCCUGCCCUUCCGAGACCCUCUCCAGCCUCCUUUGCCCGGGGGAAAGAAGCCCCCCAAACCGAGACCUGGUCCACAAAGACACUGGUUCUGUGUGGUGCACCGGACAGUCUCCCUGAUGCCUGCUAGACCUUGGGAGCGUUAUGGAUUUGACUAAAAUGGGGACAAUCCAGCUCCAGAACCCCAGCCAUGCCACGGGGCUCCUGCAGAAGGCCAACCAGAUGCGGCUGGCCGGGACCUUGUGCGACGUGGUCAUCCUGGUGGACAGCCAGGAGUUCCACGCCCACCGGACUGUCUUGGCUUGCACCAGCAAGAUGUUCGAGAUCCUCUUCCACCGCAGCAGCCAGCAUUACACCUUGGACUUCCUCUCGCCAAAGACCUUCCAGCAGAUCCUGGAGUAUGCCUACACGGCCACCUUACAGGCGAAAGUGGAAGACUUGGAUGACCUCCUCUAUGCCGCCGAGAUCCUGGAGAUCGAGUACUUAGAGGAGCAAUGCUUAAAGAUCCUGGAGACCAUCCAGGCUUCAGAGGACAACGACGGAAGCGCAGCGGAAGACGAAGAAGACCGGAAGGCCAAAUAUGCUAAAAAUAUCCUCAUCUCCAAGCAUUCCAGCGAAGAGAGCGGCUACUCCAGCCUGGCUGGACCUUUGGUGGAGCAAAGCCCUUCCGUCUCCACCUCCUUCGGCCUCUCCGCCAUGAGUCCCACCAAGGCCGCGGUGGACAGCCUGAUGACGAUUGGCCAGUCGCUGCUCCAAGGAGCCUUGCAGCACGGCAUUUCUGAGGACUUGCAAGUUGGUGGCCACCACUCUUGUUCCUCGGAGGUCAAAACGGAGGCCAUGCAAGUGGAGGAGGCCUCCAGCCAUGAAAGCCCCCGAGCCUCCGAUUCUGGUGGGGACCGAGCCGAGGACAAAGGCAAACAAGGGCCCGGCACCCCAACUCGCAACAGCGUCAUCACCAGCGCUCGGGAGCUCCAUUAUCCCCGCGACGACAACCCCGAUCAGCCCUCUGAGGUGGGCCACGGCACGCCGCCAUCCACGGGGGGCUCGGAGAAGCUGAUGGGGGUCUAUUCCAUGCUGCCGAACCACAAGGCCGAGUCCAUGCUGGCUCUGCCCUCCGGCAUGGCUCCCUCUUUGCAGGUGCAGCCGGCCCUGGCCGUCUCCAUGGACUUUGGGGCCUACGGGGGUCUCCUCCCGCAGGGCUUCAUCCAGAGGGAGCUCUUCAGCAAACUCGGGGAACUGGCUGUGGGGAUCAAAAGUGAGAGCCGGUCCGAACAGUGCAGCGUCUGUGGGGCCGAGCUGCUGGACAACGAGGCGGUAGAGCAACACCGGAAACUGCACAGUGGGAUGAAGACGUACGGGUGCGAAUUAUGCGGGAAGCGGUUCCUGGACAGCCUACGUCUCCGGAUGCACUUAUUGGCUCAUUCAGCGGGUGCCAAAGCCUACGUCUGUGAUCACUGUGGUGCACAGUUCUCUAAAGAAGAUGCCCUUGAAACUCACCGGCAGACACACACUGGCUCCGACAUGGCGGUCUUCUGCCUUCUCUGCGGGAAACGGUUCCAGACCCAGACGGCCUUGCAGCAGCACAUGGAGGUGCACGCCGGAGUGCGCAGCUACAUUUGCAGUGAGUGCAACCGCACUUUCCCCAGCCACACCGCUCUCAAGAGGCACCUGCGCUCCCAUACAGGGGACCACCCGUACGAGUGUGAGUUUUGUGGCAGCUGCUUCCGGGACGAGAGCACUUUGAAAGGCCACAAGCGCAUCCACACUGGAGAGAAGCCCUACGAAUGCAAUGGCUGUGGCAAGAAGUUCAGCCUCAAGCAUCAGCUGGAGACUCACUAUAGGGUCCACACAGGCGAGAAGCCCUUUGAGUGCAAGCUCUGCCACCAGCGCUCCCGCGAUUACUCGGCCAUGAUCAAGCAUCUCAGAACCCACAACGGCGCUUCCCCUUACCAAUGCACCAUCUGCCUGGAGUACUGCCCCAGUCUUUCCGCCAUGCAGAAACACAUGAAGGGCCACAAGCCGGAGGAAAUCCCCACUGACUGGAGGAUAGAGAAGACCUACCUGUACCUUUGCUAUGUCUGAAAGGGACGAACGGAGGGAUCGAGGGAUGCAGGCAGGAAGGAAAGAAGGAAGGAUUGGGCAAAAAGACCCCAAUAUCCCUGAAAUUGUCCUUGGCUUCUCUCCUCUCCUUCUUCUCCCUUCCUUUUUUCCCUUCUCCCUGCUCCUUAUGCUCUUCCUAUACAUUAUAAUUUGCCCGUUGAGAGCAGCAGGAGCAAGAGAGGGCAGCAGGAAACUCUUGAUGAGGUCUCCAGCCAAGACCCAACAAAGGGAAACAUGGAAAUAAAUCAGUAUUCAGACUGA